GGGCUGGUGAGCAGCGGAUAUUUGAACGCGAUACAUAUCACAAAGAGAAAAUACAUCGUGAAAAGGUUCAAAAGUUCAUCUAGCAUGAACAACAUAAGUGUCUCAUUCCUGACUGGCCGAGAGACUGACCCUGAUGAGGAAAAUGCUGUGGAAAAUAACUAUUCCACAGCGAUUGGUGCCUUCAUCUUUAGCUUGGUCUUCCUCCUGGGUGUCCCUGGAAAUCUCUUCAUUGUCUGGAGCAUCCUGGCCCGCAUACGCCAACGCUCAGUCACCACCCUCCUCAUCCUCAACUUGGCAUGUGCUGAUGGGUUCCUCAUGGCUCUCUCCAUCUUUUUCAUCAUCUACCUGGCCAUGCAGUCGUGGGUCUUUGGUAACACCAUGUGCAAAAUUGUGUUCUACCUGUGCAACUCCAACAUGUAUGCAUCAGUCUUUCUGAUAACCCUGAUGAGCGUGAACAGGCUGUUGGCUGUGGUCUUUCCACACACACUGUAUCACCUGAUCACCAGGAAGGUUGUGAGGAGGGUGAUCCUAGGCACAUGGGUGCUAGUGAUGGCCAUUUCCAUUCCCUCGUUGGUGUUUCGAGAUGUGAAAGAAGAAACUGAUGAUAUGAAUCAAACAACAUAUGUGUGUGUACCCAAUCACACACUGCGAAGACAUGUGAGGUUUGAGUACGCCUUUCAGACAGUGGCAGGAUUCAUUAUUCCUUAUGCAAUCAUUAUAACCAGCUACGUUCUCAUCCUGAAACGCCUGAGGGAGACCAGGUUUCAACGAAAUUUCCACAGCGAGAAACUUAUCCUGGCUAUCAUCAUAAUGUUUGGCCUGUUCUGGUUGCCGUACCACGUCAUCAACAUAGUACAGGUGGCAGCUGCGUGGUACGAAAAAGACUCAGCAACAAGAAAACGGUGA